AUGGCGGGUGAAAUUGCCAUAUGGCUUCUAAUCACUGUCGGCGCUCUUCUUAUUCCCAUUAUUGUAAUCGCCAUUUGUUGUAUUCGUCAUCACUGCUGGAAAACAAUUCCUGCUCGUCACCCACAACCUUCUCUUGAAAAAAAUACUAAUCAUGAUGAACUACUAACAACCAAUUCGACUUCAUGGACACAACGCGUGUGGGAUCUCUUGGCAAGAAACCCAUCAGUAAAACUAAUGGAAAGUCGAUCCCCACAUAUGACGACGAUGACUAUCAAACAGCGGGCGGCUCUACGUUCGUAUAAUGGUCCGUAUGUGGAGUCGGGUAAUGAUGAUCGAGUUAUAUUAUCCCAUAGUAAAACUCCUCAAACUUUGCCACAUGCUCAUUCAAUGAACAAAAAACAACACGUUCAUUGGCCUAAUGAAUCAACAUCACCGAAAGGUGAUGACUUACGUUCAAUUAAAGAUCGACAAUUUACACCAAGAAAACAACCAUUUUCUGGAGGAGAUAAUUUUAAUACUAUGAUGCUUAGUGAAUCUCCAUCAAGUCAUCGUCGUCUCGCUGUUAUACCCGCUCCAUCUUCGGCUCUUUCUCAUCUUAUUCAAACAGCUAUUAUUCCAGCUGGUUCCACCAUUACUAAUGCUAGUUCAAGUCUACUGCUAACAUCAUCUAAACAACUGACACCUAAUUUAGCUGGUUAUAAUAGCAUUGUGUAA